UGCGUGGAGGAUUCAUCGACUACAAGUCAAGAAGCUCUCGCCAAGGAGCAGACUGUAGUCAAUUGUUAGGUCUCCCAUUUCUCCUGCUGUGUUGCUAUACGCGGUUGCCCGGUCGUGCGUGCACGGGAGUUGAUCAGAGGAUGGAGGCUGCUGCAGUUCAGAUUUUGCUUAUAAGUUCCUACUUUAUGUGCAUCGAGCACCGUACCUCUCGCCUCCUUGUUUUUGUUGUUUACUAUUUUGCAGACUGUAUGGUUGUAAUGAAUCUUGCAUACGUGUAAUGAUCGUUAUCGCACUUUAUUAUUUUUAAUCUCCGGAGGAUAUCGAGUGUGAUAGUCAUCAGAUCCAGAGUGAAUCGAUCGUCUGUCUGCUGGAGCUGGAACUGAUCAGUAGCAAAAUCAGCUUCCAGUAUGAGCAGCGCGAUGCAUGGCCUGUUAGUGUUCUGGAUCACCGUCACUGUCAUCCAGUGGCCAUUGCCAUCUGCUGUUGGUGCUACCUUUGGGGCCACUGACAGCGUCACCGAAAUAUACGUUUCCUUUGACAGGAAUAACAGCGUUUUUAGUUUUCGAGAAAGACCAGAUGACUUUACAGUGGCACACGCUCGUUUUGACAACGCCAUUAAUCGCACUGGGUUUAGCUACCUGAGCAUCACAACAGUCAAUGACUAUACAUACCAACUCAACAGCUCAGUCCAAGCAUAUGCUGCUGGUUUGGCUGAAGGCUUUCUUACUCGUGAACUCAUUUCCCUUCAUUUUCUGAACACUAUUGGAAGCUUUUGUCAGAAUAGAACCACAUCGUCAUGCCAAAAACUGGAAACGUUCUUAAAGCAGAACUUGGAUUGGAUUACUGACAAUGUUAAUGCAAAUCCUGAUGACUCCUAUUGGUAUCAGGUGCGGCUAUUUUAUGAACAAAUUCGUGGUCUUCAAGAUGGCUAUCAGGGCACUCCAGCACAAAUAACGAUGGAUGUAGAUGAUUUCUUAGGGAUAUAUUUACUGCAGAUCUCAACUGAUGUGUAUGACAUAUCCAAAGCACUGUCUGAUGAUGGUGGCGAUGCUGAAUGGCCACAAUAUGGUCAUUGCUCUGCACUUAUCAAGUUGUUGCCAGGCAACAAAGAGAUUAAGGACAUCUUGAUUGCACAUGACACUUGGACGUCAUAUAAAGCCAUGUUGCGUAUUCUAAAACGAUAUGACACCUAUCUUCAUGAAAACCCAAUCGAAUCUGAUCCUGUGCUUGGACACACAAUGACAUUUUCGUCAUAUCCUGGAAGCAUAACAUCAAUAGAUGACUUUUAUGUAUUAUCUUCUGCAAUGGUCACCAUGGAGACUACUAACCCUUUAUUUAACAAGAAUUUGUAUAAGAAAAUUCAGCCCAAGUGCGUUUUGGAGUCAGUGCGUUCUAUGGUGGCCAAUCGACUUGCAGAUCAUGGUGAUGACUGGAGUCAGAUCUUCUCUCAGUUCAACAGCGGGACGUAUAAUAACCAGUGGAUGAUAGUUGAUUUGAAAAACUAUGAUCAGUAUUUCCAUGAAGUUCUUCCAGGAUUUGUGACAGUUUUGGAACAAAUUCCUGGCCAAAUUCGCUAUGCUGAUCUAACUGAUACCUUGCUAAGUAAAGGUUACUGGGCAAGCUACAAUUUACCGUAUUUUCCAGACAUCUUUAACAUGAGUGGUGUGCCAGAAAUGGUUGCAAAAUAUGGUGAUUUCUUCAGCUAUGAUCAGAGUCCACGUGCACAAAUUUUUCGGCGAGAUCAGUCUCAAGUAGUUGAUAUUGAAAGCAUGAUUAAAAUUAUGAGGUACAAUGAUUUUAAGAACGACCCCCUAUCCAGGUGCAACUGUACUCCCCCAUACAGUGGUGAAAAUGCUAUAUCUAGCCGCAGUGAUCUCAAUCUGCCAGAUGGACAAUAUCCCUUUCCAGAACUCAGUUUUGGUCUUGGUGGAGGAAUCGAUAUGAAGCUGACAUCCCUCUCCAUGGCCUUUGAAACUUUGACCUUCCUAGCCAUAAGUGGACCAACCUUUGACCCACUGCCACCAUUCCAGUGGAGCAAAGCGUUUAAUAACACCAGUGUGCCACACUUUGGUCAUCCAGAUCUAUUUCAGUUUGGCCCAGUGUAUUUCAAUGGAACUUUCUAGACCAAUAAAAAAAAAUUAUG